AUGGCUAACAACAAGAAAGGUGGACUAUUGGAUAAAAUUAAAAAGGUGGAAAAACAAAAGAAGAUGCAAACUAAUCCGAUUGCAGCAAAUGCAACCGAUAAAAAGAAGAAGGAAAAAUUGAAGGAGACUAUAAAUACUCAAAAAACAAAUAAUAACAAUUCAAAGAAAGUAUCGGAAAAACAAGAAAAGAAAGUAGAAAAGAAAUCGGAAAAUGUAGAAAAGAAAAAGGUGGAGAAAAUUGAUGAUAUUUUUGAAAAUGUAAAGACUGAAAUUAAGGAGAAUAGAAAAAUUGAAAAAUUGAAAAAGAAAGAAGAGGCCAAACAAGCUGCUGCUUCAUCUAGUACUUCAGCAGAUGACCUUUUCGAAAGUAAUGAAGAUUUUGCAAGUCAAAAUAAGAGACAAGGAAAAAAGACAAUUGAUGGUUUGAUUGUUUAUCAAGCUGAUGAGCUUAAAAUUGGAAGAGGAGGAAAUACUGACCUGUGUCCAUUCGAGUAA